UAAUUUAUUACCCGACGAAACGAUAAUUAUAAAACGCACGGGACUAACCCGAUUUGGCGACAAAAUUAGCGUCGAAGAUACCUACCAAAAAUAAAAUAAAAUAAAACAUCUCUUUUUCUUGUUCUGAUAUCAGAAUUUCACAAACCAUUGUCAAAACAAAAUCUUGUCCCUCGCCCACCUUUCUCUGCCUCAUAAACACACCCAAUAAAAGAUUAAAAAAAAAAAAAAAAAACACUGCACUUACUGAAACCCAAAACCCAAAACAUUAACCAAAAUUUUAAUUCUCAAGAAAGACAAAAAAAGAAAAGAAGCCCGCGCAAGAGAGAGUUGGAAUAGAUGGGUCGGCCUCCGAGUAACGGUGGCCCUGCCUUUCGUUUCACCCAAACUGAGGUUGCGGAGAUGGAGACUGUUCUCCAAGAGCACCAUAAUCAAAUGCCGGUUCGGGAGAUCCUUGUAAGUCUUGCGGAUAAGUUAAGUGAGUCAGCAGAUCGGAAAGGGAAGAUUGUUGUGCAAUUUAAGCAAGUAUGGAAUUGGUUCCAAAAUAGGCGCUAUGCAAUAAGGGCAAAAUUGAGUAAGGUUCCUGGGAAGUUAAAUAUUACAUCUGUGCCUCAGGAUGAUUCAAAUCCUGCUAGAAAUGUGCCUCAACCUGUUGCUGCUCCCCUGCCUCCCCCUAUAACUGCUCCAAUGUCUGCUGCUAUGCCUGCUUCCACAGUUCCUGGUGCAGGAAGACAUAUGUCAGAAUCUUAUAUGGAAUUUGAAGCUAAAUCUUCAAGGGAUGGUGCUUGGUAUGAUGUUGCAACCUUUUUGGCCCAUAGACAUUUGGACACAGGUGAUCCGGAAGUACAGGUUCGGUUUGCUGGUUUUGGACCAGAGGAGGAUGAGUGGGUUAACGUUCGCAAGCAUGUCAGGCAACGGUCCCUCCCAUGUGAAGCAUCUGAGUGUGUUGCAGUUCUACCGGGGGACCUUAUACUUUGUUUUCAGGAAGGUAAAGAUCAGGCUCUUUACUUUGAUGCCCAUGUCCUUGAUGCGCAAAGGCGGAGGCAUGAUGUCAGAGGUUGCCGUUGUAGAUUUCUGGUGCGCUACGAUCAUGACCAGUCUGAGGAAAUUGUACCUUUGAGGAAGGUUUGCCGUCGGCCUGAAACUGAUUACAGGUUGCAGCAACUGCAUGCCUCAAGUAACUUGACAUCUACCGAUCAGCAGAAAACUAGCACAGAUCCUUCUACAUUCCCUGCACCAACUGAAGCAAUGCAGAAGCAGCAGAAUCCAGAUCUAUCCAGGACAGCCCCAGUUUCACAUGCUAAAGUUUCUAUAGCCAAUCUAGUAGCAACCAAUCCUGGAAUUUCCCCCAGUGGUGCUGUGGUUACUGCUUCCAGUGGCCCUGGUCAAAACAUGCAGGAAGGAAACUAGUAGGUUCAGAGAGGGAUGGACAAUGGGGCAAAGUUCCCCACUGAAAUUCUAAAAUUUUUGGAUAAUAUUAUGUAAUUAUUACAAGUUUUAAGAAGUUUUAACUUUAUC